UGCGCUUCGGCAGCAGACCGAUUCCGUCCAAGAGGGGAGAGGGAGGGAAGGAGCGCAGCGCACAUCCAGCCAGGAGACGGUUGGAUUUUACACAAGAGGAGGAGAAAAACGAGCUGAGGGCGAGGAGAAAGUGUCGGAGAUCACAGGCGGAAGGAGAAGAGAGAAAGAGGCGCUCCUCUUGUGUCGGAAAAUGGAGCUGCCCGCCGCCGGAGAACAUGUCUUUGCGGUGGAGAGCAUCGAAAAGAAGCGCAGGAGAAAGGGGAGAGUCGAAUACCUGGUCAAGUGGCGAGGAUGGUCUCCAAAAUACAACACGUGGGAACCGGAGGAAAACAUCCUGGACCCGAGACUGCUCGAUGCGUUCCAAGACCGGGAACGUCAAGAACAGCUGACGGGAUAUCGGAAAAGAGGACCGAAGCCGAAGCACCUCCUGCUUCAGGUCCCUUCGUUUGCCCGGAGAUCCAGCAUUCUAGCCGACCUACAUGAGGCCUCCUUGGAUGAGGACAACUGUGAGAAGACCAACACCAUCCAAAUGCUUCGUCCCCAGACCCAGCAGUACCAACUGGACAGCAAGAAGCACCACCAGUACCAGCCGCUGUGCAGAGAGCGGGAUGCCGAGCAGCAGACCAACGGCAAGAAGUUCUACUAUCAGCUCCACAGCAAGAAGCAUCACCACUACCAGCCGGACCUCAAGAUGCACGAGCCCAUGUUUGUUAAACCCAAAGAGGUCAGAGCUCCAGAGCUCACCAACCAGGGGUACAACCUGCCCCCGGUGCUGCAGCAAAAAUGGGUCCGGGACAAAGCCUCAGGCUGUCUGACCAAAGUCAAGGAUAUCACCAUGGAGCUGAAGAAGCUCCCAGGAGACCUCAUUGGAAACAAUGCGUCAGAGAAGAUAAUGCCUCCAACUAUGGAGGGCACUUUACCCCAGUCCAACGGCGGCAGCAGUAGUAAACUAAAGAUAGUAAAAAACAAAAAUAAGAAUGGGAGGAUUGUUAUUGUGAUGAGCAAGUACAUGGAAAAUGGAAUGCAAGAACCUAAAAUUAAAGGUGGUGAUUCUGAAAUGGUUGAAAAGACACUACAUGGAGCAGACAACGGUGCAGAGAACCACACUGAGAAGAUGAAGCUCGUCAAAAAACUUGGUCUCAUGAACGGAUUAGCAAAACAGUCCCAAGAUAAAUCAACUUGUCCCAGUUCUGGAUUUAAUGGAGCUUAUCCCAAAGAAAAGGAACAGUAUCCUAAAACGGAAUCAGCUGUGAUGGAACAGGAUAAACAUGUUGAGACUGGACAGCAGGUGCAACCUCCAGAGGAUCAGCCUUUGCAGUUGACGGCUGAGCCGACUGUGGUCUCAUCAACGCCGGAUAGGGGACUUUCCUCCCCACAGGACAAAAGACAGAACCAAGAUGGAUUUAAAGGACUCAAGCGACGAAUAAUGGACACAGACGCUGAGGACGGUGGGGGAAGUAAACGGUUUGUGACAUCUGGGUGUAUCGGAGCUCUGAAUGCAUCACCCAACCAGAACACCAGCACUGACCAAAACGGGCACAAUCUCGGACACCAGGACUGUGGGUACAUAGACCAAGAGGAGCCCAUGGACCUGAGUAUAGUCAAGACUCGACCAAAAGUUACGGAUUCCACAACGACUGAGAGUCACAUGCGGGAUGAUACACAAACACAGACAGACGCACAGGCACCGGCCCAAACGGCAAAACCCACAGACGUGGAAAAGGAGUCUUUGUCUGUUUCUAACCAUGAAACGCAAAAAGAGGAGGAGCCUUUUCCCUCUUUCCAGCCUUUCCUUGGGAAUAUUGUCAUCACUGACAUCACGACGAACUGCCUCACCGUUACGUUCAAGGAAUACAUCACAGCAUAGUAAAACUGAACGCCAACCGUGUAAAUGUCCAGAAGAUUUUUUUAUUCAUAUUUUCUGAGCUGCUUGAAUGUAUUAACGUCUUUAAUUUCCUAAAGGUCAGAAAAAUAUUUGAAUCCAACCAGUUAUUUGCUAUAUAUUAUUUCUUAUAAGGUUUAGCUGUUUCUGGAUACAGUAUCUGCUUUCACUGUAGUUUCUAAAGGCAAAAAAAAAAAAAAAAAUCCUAAACUAUUAAGUAAAAACGCACUUCAUGUUUUCUAUGGAUAUUAUUUGAUUUAUAUACUCAGCUUCUAAUUUGGAGAGAAGGUUAAAAAUGUGGAUAAUGGGGAGAAUUUUGUAAGACAGAAACUUUAUAUUUAAGUGUUUAAAUGACUGUGUGUAUUUAUGAAUGAGAACAGACGGACAAAUUAUGCCAUUCGGCGCCCUUGAA